AUACAUUAAUACAUCUAAUAUCCUGUUACUGUAUUACUGAGUACUACUAUGUGUUUUGUUAAACUGCCAUUCAUUCUACUCCUAUUAUACUUUAGUUAUGUCAUAACAGAAGAAUACGACACCACUACAGAGAAACAUCGAAAGGAACGUGUAAAUGGUCGGAUAGUUAAACUCUAUUCAGAUACUAAGCCGGAAUCGGUUACAUGUCACAAAGAAGGAUUUCAAGCCGAUUUUAACGACUGUUCUGUCUUUUAUCGUUGCCUAAAGGGACACAAUGAAAAGUAUACAGUAUUUAGGUUUCAAUGCGCUCCGGGCACAAUUUACGAUCCUGAAAAAGAAUUGUGUAACUACCCCCACAGCACGAGACGCGCCGAUUGUAGUGCUUCAUUAUUAAACAACGAAGAAAAGCAUGAUAACGAAAUAGAAAAUAUCCUGCAAGAAUUACCUCAACCAAUAAAAACUACUAACAUUCCAUUAAACUUCAUAGAUUCCAAUAAUCCAUCACCAUUUGAAUACAAUAAUGAAUUGCCCGAAGAUCAACACAAUAUAUCACAGUACCCACCGGUACUUUCUGAUAUGAAUUAUGAUGCAACCCCACCCCAUGCACUAGUAUCACAAAAUGACAAAGUUACACAUUCAACAAAUAUUCCACAUCAGAUGAAACAAGAAGGAGAGCCUUGCAUUUCACAUGGUUUUAUGGGAGACACAAAUAAUUGCAAAAAGUUCUACAGAUGUGUAAGUAAUUUACGAGGAGGAUUCAUCAGAUAUGAAUUUCUUUGUAGCGAUGCCACUAUAUGGGAUGAUAGUAUACAGGGAUGUAAUCAUGCUUGGUUAGCUCGCAACACGCGCUGUGGACGUGUCAAUAAAUAUACAGAAAAUACGGACACAUUUGGAGAUAAAAAAACAACGGAGAAAGGACCUAGUAACGUAUAUUAUGAACAUCCACCUCAGAAUAAUCAAGGAUAUGUCAAUGAAAUGGAGUCUGAGAAACAAAAUGAUGUUUUACAAAAUCAGACACCAGCGUAUGGAGAAAUACCAACAAGUGCCAGUGAAAUACCUCAAACAACUUCGACUCAAAGAACAACAUCGGGCUAUAUACCAGUACAAAUUAAUUAUGGGGAUAAAAUAUUACAACAUGGUGAUCCUCCUCCUCAAACUUCAUUUAGUGAAAAUGAAUAUAACAAAGAUAAAAAUAAUGCAAACGACGUUGAAAACAACUUAAUUAUUGGCCAAAUGAAGAAUGGACAAUGUUACAAAAAUGGUUUCUUUGGAUAUAGCGAUGAUUGUAGUAAAUUUUAUAGGUGUGUUGAAAACUCACAAAGAUCUUUUACAAAGUACGAGUUUUCUUGUAGUGAAGGUACAGUUUGGGAUGACUCUAUAAAAGCCUGUAAUUUUGCAUGGGCUGUUAAAGAGUGCGGAACUAAAAAGUUUACUGAAAAUAAAAUGACCACAUCAACCCAAUUUCAUGAUUACAAUACAUUAACUACCCCAGUACAUACAAGUGAUAUGAAUAUUGGAUAUGGAUUAGUUAAUGAACAAUCUUCGACUCCAUUUGUUGAUAAAUCAAAAAUUACACCGGACUCAUUAAGCACAACAACGUCGAAUGCCAUUCCAGAUGAAGCAUUUUAUGAUUAUGGAGGAUAUCAACCGAAUGAAAACUCAGUUUCAACAGAGAAUACAAAUAAAAUAGUAAAUAUACCGAUACAGACUGAACGUAACAAAUGUACAAAAUCUGGUUUCAUUGGCGAUAGUAUAGAUUGUAAUAAAUUUUAUAGAUGCGUUGACAGUGGCAGAGGAACGUUUAUCCAAUAUGAGUUCACUUGUGGUGAAGGAACAGUCUGGGAUUCACGAAUAGAAUCAUGCAAUCAUGCAUGGGCUGUUGAAAAAUGUGGCCAGAAAAGUGAAAUAAAUAAUGACAUUCGUGAAACUACCGUAACUUUGAGACCUACUACUAUUAACGGAUUUAACACACAAGGCUCCUUCGAAGGUACUAGCUUUAGUAAACCAACUACAAGUAGUGCUACAACAGUAUUUCAAUCCAAUCAGACCAAUAAUAUCUAUAUUUCUCCUACAUCACAGCCGAAUAUGUUUACCGAUUCAUCCCAUAUAGCUGAUGCAAUGUCAACUGCACAAGGUGAUGAAUGUUUGAGAGAAGGAUUUUAUCCGAAUGCUGUAGAUUGUAAAAAGUUUCAUCGUUGUGUAAGCGAUGGCAAUGGUGGCUACGUUAAAUAUGAAUUUUCAUGUGGUGAAGGAACUGCUUGGGAUGUUACGAUUAAUUCUUGUAAUCACAUAGAAAAUGUUAAAACUUGCAACGAUAAACAAGAAAAUGAAGUAUACGAAGAAUCCAAUCCAAAACCAACAAGUACAGCGACUACAACUGCAUUAGAUAUUAAACCGAGUAGUACACAAUCAACAAAUAAUAUUCAAACGACUAAUACACAGUCAAUAAAUGUCAUUCAAACGACUAGUACACAGUCGAUAAAUACAAUUCAACCGAGUCCUGAAAAUACAUGUACUGAGACAGGCUACUUUGGUGAUUCUAAUGACUGUAACAAAUUUUAUCGAUGUGUACAUGAUGGAAAAGAUGGAUUUAUCAAGUACGAAUACACUUGUGGAGAAGGAACUAUAUGGGACCAAGAUAUUACAGCCUGCAAUCAUCCACGAGACGUUAAAAGACCAUCUUGUGUAUCGGAUAAUAUUAACAGCUCUACAGUGUCAACUUUAGAUUCAUCGCCAUCUACGUCCACCGUUAAAACACAAAUUAUAACAGAACAUAGUUCUAUAAGUCCGUCUAAUAAUAUAGAUAAAGAAGCAGAACCAGUUGAACAAACCACAAAGAUCGCCACAACUAGUUUGAAACCAGCCGGGGAUGGUACAAGUCAAAAUUGUGUGGAAGAGGGAUUUUAUGGAGACACUAAUGACUGUAAACAGUUUUAUCGGUGUGUUUAUAAUGGAAAAGAUGGAUUUACAAAAUAUGAUUUCACUUGCGGUGAAGGUACAAUAUGGGAUCAAGAUAUAUUAGCGUGUAAUUAUCCAACAGAUGUAGAACAUCCUUCUUGUGAAAUGGAAAGCACUUCGACCACAAAAAAGACACCUGUCGACGUUUCAUCAUCAACAUAUUCUACUACUGAAGAAUCAAGUACUAUGAUGGCUGUAUCACACAGUUCAUCGACACAGUCAUCAACUGUAGAAGGUAGCACUAUGAGUACAGUCAAUAGAAUUACUGAAAAUGUAUCCACUCAACAAAUGGCAGAACACACAACAAUGAAUUCAGAUUCUAUUAAAACAUCAACAGCGAAUCCGAAUGUAAAUAAUGAAGACUCUUGUAAUAAUGAAGGAUUUUUCGGAAAUUCUGGUGAUUGCAAGAAAUUUUAUCGAUGUGUCUACAAUGGCAAAGAUGGUUUUACUAAAUAUGAUUUUACCUGUGGUGAAGGAACGAUAUGGGAUCAAGAAAUAACAGCUUGCAAUCAUCCAGAAGAUGUAAAAAAUCCUUCUUGCUCUUUAGAAAGUACUGACAGUUCGUCAACCACGAGUAAAGAUUUUACUCCGUCGACAUAUAGUACAACAACUAUAAGUACUAGACCCUCGUCUAGUACUUCCAUUACAACAAGUGGUCCAGGAGAUGAUAACAUAAACAAAGAUGAUAAUAUGAAUAAUACUACAACUGAACAGCAAGAAAAAGGAAACUUUACUUGCAGUGAAGCUGGUUUUUAUCCAAAUCCAAACGACUGCAAAAAGUUUUAUAGGUGCGUUGAUUGGAAUAAUGAUGGUUCUAGUUUUUCUAUCUUUCACUUUGAAUGUGGUGAAGGUACGUUAUGGGAUCCAACUUUGAACACUUGCAACUAUGAGGAUUCUGUUUAUGCAACUAGGAAUUGCAGUGGUUCGCAAAUGACAGGUAACGCAGAAAGUACAUCAACAGAAUCAACAACAUCUGAUAGUACCUUAACAAGUACAGAAGAACCAAAAACAACUACACAGCAAAUGACGACCAGUAAGCAAACCACAACGCCGUCAAUCACAAGUACAGAAAGUACUACGACACAACAAUCUUCUACUACGGACAGUACGACGACAACCAGCCAACAAACAACAUCUGCAGAAAACACGACAACGCAAUCUACCAUUACAACAACUGAUCAAUCGACGUCUCCAACGGCGACUACACCAGAUACAACAACACAGUCUACUAGUUCGACUACUGAACAAUCAACUUCUUCAACUGCUUCGUCACAAGAUACAACAACAACACAAUCUACCAUUUCAACAACCGAUCAAACAACUUCUUCCUCACAAGAUACAACUACGACAGAACGUUCUACCACUGCUACUGAUCAAACUACACAAACAGAAAAACCAACUGAAGAAUCUUCAACAAGUGAAUCAACAACUCAGACUUCUACUACAGAGCAACAAUCUACUUCUACAACGGAUACUUCAACAACAGAAAAUGAUAAAACAACCACGGAAUCAUCGAAACCAACAGAAAGUAACUCAACUAACAAUAAAUGUCCUGAUAUGGAUGAUGAGCAGCAUGCUUAUGUAUGUCCUACAUCAUUUAGAAGGCAUCCAAAAUAUUGCAAUAUAUUCUAUCAAUGUACUGAAGAAGAUGACAGUCAUGAUUUGAAGAUAGCAUUAUUCCAUUGUCCUAAUGGCACAAUUUAUGAUGAAAAUAAAACGCAAUGCCUUAAUGAAAGCAAAUCCGAAAAGAAAUGUGAAGGUACAAUGUCACGAACUCAUCGAAUAAAAAGAUUAAGUGGUGACCAUAUUGAGCCGAUGAUGGCUACUACAAAAAGUUACGCAUGUCCAGGUACAGGGUAUUUUCCGUUUGAAGCCAAUAAGGAGUGUUCUCCGGCAUUCCUUAAAUGUCAAAGUUCAAGAACCAAUAAAUAUAAGGGUCUAGUUUUUAAAUGUCCAAAGGAUUACGUUUUCUGGACAGUCAGUAAAAGAUGUGAAAGAAUGACAAGAGUGAGGGAUUGUAACAGAAGCGUUUAUCCAUGGAAUAACAGACAUGAUAUACCCACGGAAAUUCGAAAUGUUGCACCUUGAAAAUAUACAAAGAAUAAAUAGUUACUUAAUUUGAUAAUAAAUAGGUUGUUAAGAUGGAAACGUUAGAAUAAGCACUGAUUUAAUUAAUGGCAUACGUACAUUUUAUUUGCCAGUGAAAUAGUACAUGAAUCUAGUCUUCAUUAUCAAUAGAAAAAUAAGAAUGUGACUCUGUCAUUUUAAUUAAUUACAUUACUUGUGAUCAAGAUUGUGUUACAUUUAAAUACAUACAUUAUUUUGAUCACGAUUGGAUUAGCACUUAGAAUGUACAAGUAUAAAUGAAAAUAAAUGUGGUGAAAAUAUUA